AUGUAUUUCCAUGGAAAGCAAAAUAGCACAUGUCUUAGUACUUUACACAAAAUUCACAACGAAAGGUGGAAAGUCGAAGGGAUCAACUGGAUACUGCCAACUUUUAAUACCUGGUCAUUAUUCCCCUUCCUAAAUCAAAUUAUAUUAGUUGCUUCUACCAUUUUGCGACUUAUUUCGAGUUCGAAAAAGAAAAUCGUUUGGCAAAUGUCAGCGCUGCAACUGCUUCUUCAUCAAUCAAACAAAUACUCACGACAAUCCGUAGCACCAGAACUUUCCAUCUGCGCUACGACUAAUUUUCCACCAAUUUUGACUUAG